AUGACAUUAGAUGUUCAAGAUACGAAGACCAUCCCCGAUAUUGGUCACGCUGGUCUGCACUGCGGCACUCGCUACCUGAUCCUCUUCCUCGACCUCGACGUCAUGAUGCCCGGGGCCGCAAUCCAGACGGUUGUCUUACACUGGUACCAGUCAGGCCUCAUAGUAAACUGCACAGACACAGACUCGCGGGGUCACCUGGUGCCGUCCGCGGAUAGUGGCGGGCCGUCUUCGCCCAUCGCUGAAUAUAUUGGACCUCAGCCUCCUCCCGGCUCGCACCACCGUUAUGUCUAUCUCCUGUAUGUGCAGCCAUUCAAAUAUCGCUUUCCAGCUUGCUUUUCGCACAUUCCGCCGAAGAUCAUGGCCGCGCGUGCUGGAUUCGAUGUGAGGCGGUUUAUGCAGGCGGCCGGAUUGGAUGUCCCGCUUGCGGUGAAUUAUUUCUUUGGCCGCAAUGAGAGUCCUGGCCAGCCAUCUCUGAGUUGGUUGAGUGCAACGAUAACAUCGUUCCAGUCUGUGACCUGUGACCCGGCUCCUACUGAGGUAAUGUGGAAACGAAGUUGGAAGUGCGAGGACUUCUAUUAG